AUGGAACAUACAUAUCAAUAUUUAUGGAUUAUAUCUUUCGUUACACUUCCAGUCCCUAUGUUAAUAGGAAUGGGACUGCUACUUUUUCCGGUGUCAACAAAAAAGCUUCACCGUAUAUGGGCUUUUCCCAGUGUUUUAUUGUUAAGUAUAGUUAUGGUUUUUUCGACCGAUCUGUUUAUUCAGCAAAUAAAUAGCAGUUCCAUUUAUCAAUAUGUAUGGUCUUGGACCAUCAACAAUGAUUUUUCCUUAGAGUUCGGGCACUUGAUUGACCCCCUUACUUCUAUUUUGUUAAUAUUAAUUACUACGGUUGGAAUUUUGGUUCUUGUUUAUAGUGACAGUUAUAUGUCUCAUGAUCAAGGCUAUUUGAGAUUUUUUGUUUAUAUGAGUUUUUUCAAUACUUCAAUGCUGGGAUUAGUUACCAGUUCGAAUUUAAUCCAAAUUUAUAUCUUUUGGGAAUUGGUUGGAAUGUGCUCUUACCUAUUAAUAGGUUUUUGGUUCACACGACCUAUUGUGUCCAAUGCUUGUCAAAAAGCAUUCGUAACUAAUCGUGUAGGCGAUUUUGGUUUAUUAUUAGGAAUUUUAGGUCUUUAUUGGAUAACAGGCAGUUUCGAAUUUCAGGAUUUGUUUGAAAUAUUCAAUAACUUGAUUUAUAAUAAUGAUAAUGAGGUUCAUUUUUUAUUUGUUACCUUGUGCGCUUUCCUAUUAUUUUCCGGUGCAAUUGCUAAAUCGGCGCAAUUCCCCCUUCAUGUGUGGUUACCGGAUGCCAUGGAAGGACCUACCCCUAUUUCGGCUCUAAUACAUGCUGCUACCAUGGUAGCAGCGGGAAUUUUUCUUGUAGCUCGACUUCUUCCUCUUUUCGUAGUUAUACCUUACAUAAUGAAGCUAAUAGCUUUGAUAGGUAUAAUAACAGUACUAUUAGGAGCUACUUUAGCUUUUGCUCAAAAAGAUAUUAAGAGAGGUUUAGCUUAUUCUACAAUGUCUCAAUUGGGUUAUACGAUGUUAGCUUUAGGUAUGGGUUCCUAUCGAGCCGCUUUAUUUCAUUUGAUUACUCAUGCUUAUUCGAAAGCAUUGUUGUUUUUAGGAUCUGGAUCCAUUAUUCAUUCAAUGGAAGGUAUUGUUGGCUAUUCUCCGGAUAAGAGUCAAAAUAUGGUUCUUAUGGGUGGUUUAACAAAACAUGUUCCAAUUACAAAAAUUGCUUUUUUAUUAGGAACCCUUUCUCUUUGUGGUAUUCCACCUCUCGCCUGUUUUUGGUCCAAAGAUGAAAUUCUUAAUGAUAGCUGGUCGUAUUCACCUAUUUUCGCAAUAAUAGCUUUUUCCACAGCAGGAUUAACUGCAUUUUAUAUGUUUCGGGUUUAUUUACUUACUUUUGAAGGGCAUUUAAAUAUUUAUUUUCAAAAUUAUAGUGGUAAAAAAAACAGCGCAUUCUAUUCAAUAUCUUUAUGGGGUAAACAAGGAUCAAAAAUCUUAAAAAAAAAAAUGCGUUUAUUACCUUUAUUAACAAUAAAUAAUGAAAAUAAUAAUGAAAGAGCUUCUUUUUUUUGUUUUUUUUGGAAGAAAAUAUAUCAAACUGGUGGUACUGUAAGAAAGAUGACGUGUCCUUUUAUUACUAUUAAUCAUUUUGGUACUAAAAGAAUUUUUUCCUAUCCCCAGGAAUCCGAUAAUACUAUAUUAUUUCCGAUGCUUGUUUUGGUACUAUUUACCUUGUUUAUUGGAGCUAUAGGAAUACCUUUCAAUCAAUUCAAUCAAGAAGAAAUGAAUUUGGAUAUAUUAUCCAAACUGUUAAUUCCGUCUUUAAGUCUUUUACAUCAAAAUCAAAAUAAGUCUGUAGAUUGGUAUGAAUUUGUAACAAAUUCAACUUUUUCAGUCAGUAUAGCUUCUUUUGGGAUAUUUAUAGCGUCUUCCUUAUAUAAGCCGAUUUAUUCAUCCUUACAAAAUUUGAAAUUCCUAAAUUUGGUUGCUAAAAAAGGUCCUAAGAGAAUUCUUUGGGACAAAAUAAUAAAUGUGAUAUAUGAUUGGUCCUAUAAUCGUGGUUACAUAGAUGUUUUUUAUGCAAUAUCUUUAACAGAAGGCAUAAGAAGAUUGGCGGAAUUAACUUCUUUUUUUGAUAGACGAGUAAUUGAUGGAAUUACCAAUGGAGUUGGCUUUACGAGUUUCUUUGCAGGAGAAGGCAUAAAAUAUGUAGGAGGUGGUCGCAUCUCUUUUUAUCUCUUAUUAUACUUAUUUUAUGUAUUAAUCUUUUUAUUAAUUUCUUCAUCCAUUUUUUCUUCUUUUUCUUCUUUGUGA